UAUUAAUAACGCGGCUGCCCGGCGGGGUCGCGCAGCCAUGGCCAGCUCGGAGCCCCGGCGCAGCGGGGACGGCGCCGCCCCGGCCGCGAGGGAAACAAGAGCACAGGCCACUUCUUUUCAAGAGGAGGGGCACUCUGAAUGCCUGGAUGACACUUUGCCUUUGGAGGGGAUCUUGAAUUUAGAGGACAUUCUCUUCCUGGGGGACACAGGUGACUUUGAUGACACACUGUAUCUGGAAGAGACUGAGAAGCCUGAGGAGACACUGUACAUUGAGGAUAACAGGCAGCCAGAUGAGGCCGUGUGUGUGGAGGAAGCUGUGAAGUCAGAGGACACACUAUGUGUGGAGGAGCCUUUGAAACCGGAGGACACACUGUGUGUGGAGGAGCCUGUGAAGCCGGAGGACACACUGUGUGUGGAGGAGCCUGUGAAGCCGGAGGACACACUGUGUGUGGAGGAGCCUGUGAAGCCGGAGGACACACUGUGUGUGGAGGAGCCUUUGAAACCAGAGGACACACUGUGUGUGGAGGAGCCUGUGAAGCCAGAGGACACACUGUGUGUGGAGGAGCCUGUGAAGCCGGAGGAGACAAGCCCAGAGCAGAUGGCUUAUGGGGGAGAGACGGUCACAAACGAAGAGAAGCCUAACCCCGAGAGCCUUGGAGCCGGGUCUAGUCCCGGCACAGAGGAGAGCCUGAGCAUAGAGGACCUAGAAUUGCUCGAGGGGCGUUUCCAGGAAUGUGUCCAAGCUGUGUCCCAGCUGGAAGAGGAGAGGGAUCAGCUCAUCCAUGAGCUUGUGUUGCUCCGGGAACCAGCUCUCCAGGAGGUGCAACAAGUCCAUCAGGACAUCCUGGAUGCCUACAAACUGCAUGCUCAAGCAGAGCUGGAGAGGGAUGGGCUAAGGGAGGAGAUCCAGCUGGUCAAGCAGAAGCUGUUCAAGGUGACCAAGGAAUGCGUGGCCUACCAAUACCAGCUGGAGUGCCGCCAGCAGGACGUGGCCCAGUUUGCUGAUUUCCGGGAAGUGCUGACGGCACGGGCAGCCCAGCUCUCAGAGGAACUGGCCCAGCUCCGGGAUGCCUAUCAGAAGCAGAAGGAGCAGCUACGGCAACAAAUAGAAGCACCUCCAAGCCAUGGGGACGGACAAUUCCUGCAGGAGAGCCGGCGGCUCUCUGCCCAGUUUGAGAACCUCAUGGCAGAGAGCCGCCAGGGCCUGGAGGAGGAGUAUGAGCCUCAGCUGCUGCGGCUCCUAGAGAGGAAAGAAGCCGCUGCCAAAGCCCUGCAGAAAACCCAGGCAGAGAUCCAGCAGAUGAAGGAGGCUCUGAGGCCCCUGCAAGCAGAGGCCCAGCAGCUCCACCUGCUGAACAGGAACCUGGAGGACCAGAUCACACUUGUGAGGCAAAAACGCGACGAGGAAGUGCAGCAGUACAGGGAACAGCUGGAGAAAAUGGAAGAACAACAGACACAGUUAAGAAGUGGGGUGCAACUCCAGCAACAGAAGAACAAAGAGAUGGAGCAGCUAAGGAUCAGCCUUGCUGAAGAGCUUUCAACUUACAAGAGCUGUUUAGAAAUGUAUGGCCGAAUCUGUAACCCAGAAACAACCAAAAAAGCUUCCUAACAAAGGAUCACUUAAGUAUCCUUUGGACAUACUUUUUUCCAAACAGAGAAGAGUGUGCCAGGAACUUGGCAAGCAAUUCACCCUGGGGAAGAUACAAAUACUGGCUGACCUGUUUAAAAAGAUUCUAGGCUGGCUGGAGGCAGAACACACCAGCCAGCUCUUAGUUGGAUUCUAUUUCACAGGCUGCUGGUAAUGAUUUCAAUGCACGGAGGAACGGCAAAAAAGAGCCUCCUGUCCCUCCUGUCCACCAGCAGCAAAAGAUGAAUCUAUGCACCCUUGCAGUCUUGUGCAGAAUGAAACUUGCCUUGUGUUGACCUAAACCAAAAACAUUUUUUUGGAGCACAGGUGGGGUCAAAAGGCAGCCAAUUUUCAUCAUAUGGGUUUAUAAUUUGAAUUCUUUUGUGCCAUGAGUGUUGGGACUUUAAAUGAAUCCUUUUACAAAGUUUACUUUUUAUGCUGACGCACACAGUUUACUUGUGUCAAGAUUAAUUUUCACUAUACUCUAAAAGAACUUAAGUUCCUGAAAAAAAGGAACUAAAUUUGAAUCUGAAGGUUAAGGAUAUUCAGAUUUCCCUAAAGAUCAUGCCUCAUGAAAAUGAUUUUUGGACAGAGUAAUCUACUUAAACUGAGUGAUUGCAAAGAACCAGGCAUUUUACCUGGUUAUGGCACUUGGCUAUAAAGGCUUUCAGCCUUUAUUUCUCACUUCUACGAACAGGCCCCAGUGAAAAACAUACUGGGGAGAUUCAACCUCUCUAUGAGAAAAGGUUCCAACACCUUUUCCAAAUUUAAAUUUUGCCUUAAAAUCUUGCUGCCACACUGCCUUUGACAUGCUUGAAAGUCCAUGUAGUUCUCUAUGGAUAGACUUCAAAAAGAUGUUAUUUUAUCAAAGAUUAAUCUGUACACCUAUGAUUCAAUGUUUUAUGUCUUUCACUUUCCCUGGGAAGGAGUAAAACUGUUUUCUAUAGCUCUGGGUCUAUUAUAAUUAACUAGAGGCCCGGUGCAUGAAAAUUCAUUCAAUGGAGGGGGGGUGGGUCCCUCAGCCCAGCCUGCCCCUUCUCACAGUCCAGGAGCCCUCAGGGACGGGAGGCGACCUGGCCACCAGGGGAAGGCAACGCCCCAUCACACCUCUGCUGCUGCCACUGCAUACAGCGCCUCGGCCAGCCCUGGGCAGCUGGGGGGCUGAGAGGACUGUGUCGCCAUCUUUGAGGGCGUGACAGUAAUUAGCAUAUCCCCUCCUUAUUGGCUGUGGGCACUACCAUCUUUGCGACAGUGUGAGGGUCAAUUAGCAUAUCCACUCUUUAUUAGAUAGGAUUCUGCUCUUAAUAGUCAAAAACCACAGAAAAUAAUUGUCAUCUGAAGAAUUCUUCUAGAAGCCAGAGACUGGUGUUU